AUGGAGGAAACGGAUGCGUUUCCCGUUUCUCACAUAUCCCCUCCCUCGAUUCCCUUCUCAUGGGAACAUCAACCGGGCGUUUCCAAAAACCCGAUUCCCACGUCCUCCACCUCGUUUCCCCGGCUCCCCCUCCCUCCACCUCUCAAACCCCAACAAGAUCCGCUUCGCUCGGCCAAACCCGACCCGUUAACGUUUUCAGAUCCGUUCGCUGCCGCCCUCGCCGAGUGCGCCAAGCCGAGCCUGGCACCCCAAGCCGACGUUCUCCGCCGCCGUAGAGCCGCCGUCAUCUCGGCUCGCUUCCGGCUACUAGUCUUCCACGGCUCGUGUGCCUCUUGCUCCGUUUCGGAUUCUACCACAAUUCGGAUCCCCCGGGAUCGGAUCCGAACCCGUUAUGAUCCGACGGUUCAGGUUAAGUGCAUUUUAGAGUAA